AUGUCAAAAACCAGAGGCAUAGCAAUCGCGAUCCCUUCAAGAGAUCCAAUACCCGAAAGAACACAGGUAGACCAACCAAUAAUCGUAGAGACUCUAUCACCUCCUGAGCGUCAAGACAAGCACAGAAAAAUAAAAACAAGCAAGCGAAGAAUACGUGCAUGGGAGGACGAUCCCGACGAACAGCCAGUGAAUGUCAAUGUUACUACCAUGGCAGAGCUAUGCAAAGACGUAAGGGUUGGUCGGAAAUCAAAAGUCUUCAGGGAGCUCGAAAAAGCCAAGUACGAAAAAUUUCAAGAGCGAAAGGCCAAAAAGAAACGACUCACUGCGGCGGUUCGAUCAACGCCUGUUACCGACGAACCAGAACAAGCCUCUCCGCCAGGUGAAGAGGUAUCCAUAUUCGAUGGUAUAGAAGAUCCAGACGAAGUCAUAAACACAAGAUCUCGGAAAAGUGAGACCUCAAUUACUUCUGAUAUAGACGUUUCUGAUGGCGCCCUAGAAGACGUCUUACGGAACGACGGACCACAUAAACGACAAAGAACAAAUUCUAUUACUUCUGAACACUCGAUUGAGAUUGUACAUAGUGAUGAGGAGGCGUCACAGGCGGUUGAUUCUGGACCAGAGUCAAAUGACAUUAGAGCUCUCGAAUGGGACCUAGGUGGCAUCAAAGAGACUACGGCCGCUCCUCAAGUCAGAGUAGUAAACGGGGAAAUAGUAAUAGAUGAAGACUCGUUACGUAUCGAUCGGUCUGCUAUGCAUAAACCAGUCCAGGAAGAGUUGUUAGAAUUGGUGGUAGAAAAUCCAUACUCAACGAUAAUAAACAGUGCUAGCUAUUCAAAGAGAAGCCGAGCAAACGAAAAAUGGAAGGAGGAGGAAACGGAACUAUUCUACAAGGGCUUGUCCAUGUGGGGCACGGAUUUUGAGAUAAUAUCCAAACUUUUUCCAACCCGAACUCGUAGACAAGUUAAGGCAAAGUUUAAGCGAGAGUCGAGGUUGGAUCCAAAAAGAAUCAACGAGGCUACUGCCAAUCGGAUUCCUAUAGAUUUAGAGGAAUUUACCAAGAUUACUGGCGUAACUUUGAACGUUCAAGAUAUUUCGGAUUGA